AUGCCGGCAGGUGGCGCCGGGGAGCUGCGGCCGCGGCGGAACCACGGCCGUCUCGGAACAAGGAGGCGCAGUAUCAAGAUCCAGCCGGAGGCCGGAAGUGCAAGGCUGGGGCCGCGCCGGAGGCCGGAAGUGCGUGUGUUGAUCCCGGAAGUGGGCGUCUUGAGCGGUUCUGCGAAGGCGGAGAAGGGCAUCGUGAGCCAGGUGCGCGGGCAGGGCCUCCCCGAAAGCUUGGCGCAUCGGGCAGGGGCGGCGACUCCGGCCGGCCAGCCGCCCUCCAGCCGUGGCAGACUUCCUGCCCGGAGGACCGUGUACUGCAUGAAUGAGGCGGAGCUCGUGAAUGUUGCCCUGAGCAUCCUGAUUGAGGGCCGCAGACAGAAAAACCCUCCAGAGAAGGACACAGCCAGGCCUGGUAAUGGGGAGCACUCCCGCACCCCCCUCAUGUCACCACGGUCCGAGGGCACCAGUGAGGAUGAGAACAGUGGGGCAGAAGCCUUGCCCCCCAGCACGACCCCCUCCCAGGGGUCUCAGAACUCUGACUCCGCCCUCACCUGCAGCCAGAACCCAGCAGAAGAGGACGACACCCUGAAAUACGUCAGGGAGAUAUUUUUCAGCUGA